GUGAGAGCACAUAUUAUCAACAUACAUCUCUUGUCUACUGUUCGAUAGGUCACAAUAAGAAACAAUGGAUAAAGAUAAAUCACCUCGCCGCCAUUGGCAUGGUAACCCUGGCGACCGCUAUGAACACCAUAAUGUCUGGGUGAGAGGAGGUGCGGCUUCAAGCUACAGACGACCUUCUUCAGCCUCCGCUUCGGAUGUAUUUGGGGCAACUGACAGACGGUCCUCCAGUGCAUCUGAGGGAGACGCUGGAGCACGCAGCCCUCCUCCUUCCCUGGGGGAGCGAAGGAGGUCCAGCGGCCACGGCCCUUCGAGCUUGUUCGAGAGCCUGACUAGCCAGAAGCGCAAUUCGAACGACGGCGCCUUCGCGCAACGCAGACAAAGCUGGAAUGAGCAGGCUCGACCUGGUGGCUAUUUCUCCAAAUGGUGGUCUGAGUAUAUUGGUGGUAAAUAGCGCCGAGAUGUAGUUGUAAGAUUGUAGGCCUGUCUGUUGCUAUAGGCGCAGGACCCUUAGGAUGCUCAUAUUCAUCGUGUUGGCGCUGGAAGCCUUGCAGCAACAUGGGUCAAAACGAGCACAUGGAGCGUUGACGCCUGAGGCUUUUGAUGCUUUAUGCUUUUACUGAAAUCUAUUUGCAUCAGUUUGUCGAAUAAUAAAUAGCAAAUACAGUCCUUGACUUCGUGUCAACCAAU